UCUGAGCUCGCGAAAGUCUCUCACUCUCUCUUGGCUCUUCCCCGUUUGGUUUAUCUGUCUUCGCGACUCUCGAUCCGUCUCAUCGUCGCCGGAUUUACUUUUCCUGCUGAUUCCGUUCUCAUGCAUAACGUAUUUUGAGGGCGUAGGGCCGGAAUCCACCUACGUACGCACCUCAUACGAAAUCAAUCGCAUAGAAGCUGGGCAUUUCCGCCGUGGAGCCACCUGUAACCAUCAUGGCUUCUUCACUGAGAAAUUUUUUGCUUAGAAGUUCUUCAGGCGAUGCCAUUGUCAGGCAUGAAAUGAGGAGAUACAAAUCCGAUUCUACCACCAAAAUGCAGAUAAUAAUUCGAUCUCAUGAACCGAUUGAGAAAGGCCUUUACUGGGAUCUUCCAUCUGACACCCGCAAGAUCGGAUUGCCUACAAGACGACAUUUAUUCACCGUGUUGAAAUCGCCUUUUGUUCAUAAAAAGGCAAGAGAACAAUUUCAUGUGCAAUCGAACAAGCAAAUGCUGGUGAUGGAAGCCAAACGGCAUGAACUGAACAAGAAAUACUUCUGGUUGAAACGCCAACGCAUCUUUGGAGCUCAGUUUGAAAUCUUGUUUUCGUUCAAGACUCGAUUGGACAAAGAAAAGCUUCUGGAAAUCGUUCAACCCAAGGAUGUUUUCGAAGACGGCAAAGUUGAAGAGCUCUGUAAUGAUGGCACUUAAUUGAUUAAGCCUUCUCUUUCAGCAAACAACAAUGGAUCAUUUCCUCAUGGCCUUGCUCUGAUGCUUCGUUCAGCUGUAAGCUGAUCUUUACUUUUUUGUGAUUAAUACAUUUGCUUAAUGCAAUAAGACAUCGUUUUAGGGGAGAUACUAUAUGUUUUGUCAUUCGAGGUUUUGUUUAUGUCUCUAGUCGUAUCAUUUAUGUUAUAUUUAAUAAAAGGAUAAGUUGCAUGAAAAA